AGCGGGUCUCUCAAGUCUUUAGACAUAAAGGCUCCCUCAGAAACCCUAAACCCUCAGAUCCGUGUUCCCCUUCGCCCCCACGCAACCCCAAGCCAUGUCCUCCUCUCCUCCCUCCCCCUCCGAGCCCCCCGCCGAAUGUCAAACCAUAGCUCCGACCACCGAUUCUCCCUCUCCUCCGCCUCCUCCCCCUCCUUCUGAUCAAGGCGGCGAAUCCUCCGGCGAUUCCGAGCGGCCGAACUCCUCCGCCGGCGGCGGAGAUGGGGAGAAGAACGGAGGAGAAGGAGAGGCCGGCGGGGGUGGAGAAGAGCAGGAGGAUGAGGAGGAGGAGGGGGAGUGUGGUUUCUGCUUGUUUAUGAAGGGAGGUGGGUGCAAGGAGGAGUUUAUCGCGUGGGAGAAGUGCGUGGAGGAGGCCGACCAGACCGGAGAGGACGUCGUCAGCAAGUGCUUCGAGGUCACCUCCCUCCUCAAGAAGUGCAUGGACGCCCAUGCCGACUACUACGCCCCCAUCCUCGACGCCGAGAAGGCCAUGACCGACGCCGCCGCCACGGCCGCCACCACCACCACCCCCGACUCUGAGAAAUAGAAGGUCAUUUGCCUUCUUUUUUUUGUUUGUUUUUUGAUAUCUUUUGAUAUCAUACAUCUUCUGAUAGUGGAUUCUUGGAUCGUCGAUCCCGAGCUCAGAGUUUUAAAAGUGCUGGAAUAAUUGGAUGUUGGACUAACAUCUCUCCUUCAUCUGUAAAACUGAAAAAAUUUUGAAAUGAUACACAAACAUCUUGAUUGAUUCUUGAUCUUGAUUGACUUUCA